UAAAACCCAAAAACCAUUUUUAAAGCGGUUUUCAUCGUGCGAAAGCUGAAGAAGUUGACUGGAACAGGGGGGUAAAAGCGGUUUUAGGGUUAGGGUUUAGAUAAAAUAGUGGGAGGAUAAAUCGAUAUGUCUUUGGAUUUUCAAUGCCGAAACCGCUUAUGGAUCUGAUUUCGUGGUUUUAAAAAACCAGAAAGCCACCAAUUUUCUGCCUCGAAAACAGUCGUGAAGGCUCAAAACCGCUCUUCUGGCUGCUAAUGCCGGUUUUUGUGGAGGUGGAAGGCGGUUUUGGUAAAGAUCCGUUGAGUGGAGAGAGAAAGUACUGAUUUUGAGAGAGAAAGAGAGGGAGGGGGCCUGCUAGAGAGUGAGAGUGAGGACGUGUAAUGGGUGGAUAAGGCGGAUUUAAAGAGUUUUGCUAAUAAUUUUGCCCUUUUUUUUGGUUUUUGUUUCUUUCUCUCUCUAUCUCUACUUUCUCGCUCGUGUUUCUCUCUCUAUAAAUUUGGAUGCAGCCUAGUCAGCAGCAUCAGGGCGGCCGUAAUCUGGCGCCAUGCCGCUCUUCUUCUUCUUCACCAUCGCCUUCUUCUUCUUCUUCCGCCGUCUCUGCUACUCAUUUAGGAUUGGAUGCUCUGCAAUUUCAGCAGCAACAACAGCCGCAACAAAUUGUUCUUCGUCAGUCACUACAACAGCAGCUUAGAAAACCGGAAGAUGAGGCCACCCUUCUAGCUUAUCAGGCAGGUGGGCUCCAUGGAGCGUUGGGUGGAAGCAGCUUUUCCUCAUCUUCUGCUCCAAUGGAUUUCUCCCAACAACAAAGGAAAUUUGUGGAUGCAUCUCAGCAUCAAGGUGCCUCCCAGGCCCGCGACGAUAGCCAGUUCAAAGGUCAACUAUUGGAACAGAACCUGCCCAACCAGAUUUAUCCAGCUUAUCUCCAAUAUGUUGCUUUCCAGGCUGCUCAGCAAAAGGCCCAUGGAAAUAUGCAGUCGCAACAAAAUAAAUCAGGUGCUGUUGGUCUCUCUGGUAAGGAGCAAGAAAUGCGUGCGAACAAUUUGAAAAUGCAAGAGCUCAUGUCUAUUCAGGCUGCCAACCAAACACAUGCAUCGACAUUUAAGAAGCCAGUUGAGCAUUUUGCUCAUAGUGAUAAUAAGCAGAUGGAGCAUGGUCAGCCAAGUUCUGACCAGAGGAAUGAUUUUAAGCCCCCCCAACCUGUAAUUGGACAGUUGGGAAACAUUGUAAGACCAGUGCAAGGACCAACAUCUCAACCCAACGUGCAAAACAUGGCAAACAACCAGCUUGUCAUGAUGCAGGCUAUGCAGGCUUGGGCAUUGGAGCAUAAUAUUGAUCUUUCGGCUCCGGGCAAUGCCCAUCUUAUCACUCAGUUGUUACCACUCUGGCAAUCUAAGUUGGCUCCCUCACAGAAGCCGAAGGAAAGCAACAGUGCCCAACAUCCGUCACGCUUGGCUUCUUCAAAGCAGCAAGUUGGGUCAUCUUCACAUGAUUAUUCAAAUGUUGGUAGUGAAAACUCAAAUUCAGCCCAUGGGAAUUCUUUGACUGAAGCAUCUGGUUUGGUGGGCUCGUCUUCGAAAACGAGGCAUUCACUUCCUUUAGGGCCUUUUCCGUCUGGUGGGGUUAAUGCUAAUAACAUUCAAAUGCAGCAGGCCUCUGGUCAAGGGCAACAGAAUCAAGUAGAGAGGAAUACCAGGCAUCCAUCUGGUGUUGGAAGUGGCUUGCAGGGCAUGCAUCCACCUCAGUCGAGUGCAAAUAUGGGUCAAAACACAGAGCAGGCACUCCCUAAGGCCUCAUUUGCAGCUCCUGAACCCGUACAAAUGCAGUAUUACAGACAGUCGCAGCAGUUGAAUCGCAAUUCCUCUCAGCCCUCAGUUUCAAAUGAGGGUUUGAAUGCUCAAUUUCAUCCGCAGGUUGCACCCCUAGCUCCUCAGCAGCGAUUUGGGUUCACAAAGGACCAACUCCAUGUUUUGAAAGCCCAAAUACUUGCAUUCAGGCGUUUGAAGCGUGGGGAAGGUCAUCUACCUCAAGAAGUUCUUCAGUCAAUUGCUCCACCGCCGCUAAAUCCACAGCAGGUUGUGCGUAUUUCCCCAUUAGGUGCACAGGAGAGGAGCACAGGAAGGAGUGUAGAGGAGCAUCCAAAACAUGUGGAGACCAAUGACAAGGCUCCACAUAUUAUGACUUCAACCAAAGGCCAGGGUCUGAUGAAAGAGGAAUCCUCAGUCAUGGAAGAAAAAAUGCCCAUGAGGACUGCUUUGCCAGGAAUUACUAGUGGAACAGCUAAGGACUCGAUGGAGAAUGGGUCUGUGACAAAAGAAGAGCAAAGCAGUGCCGCUCGUGUUAAAUCUGAGCACGAAUUCGAACAUGGAAGCCAGAGAGUCUCGGUUAAAGGUGAGUUACCUACUGAUAGAGGAAGGCUUAUCCAAUCACAAAGUGUCCCUUCUGAUGCUUCACAAGUUAAGAAGCUCGCCUCUGCUGGUACUACACCGAUACCCAAGGAUGCUAAUGCUCCUAGAAAAUACUAUGGACCACUAUUUGACUUCCCUUUCUUUAGUAAGAAGCAUGAAGCCAUUCCCUCGCCCAUACUUGGAAACAACAUGGGUCCAUUAUCCAUGGGUUAUGAUGUAAAGGAUAUACUGCUUGAGGAGGGGGUUGACGUGCUUAAGAAGAAAAGAACUGAGAAUAUGAAAAAAAUUGAGUGUUUACUUGCUGUAAAUUUAGAAAGGAAACGCAUACGACCCGAUCUGGUUCUGAAAUUACAAAUUGAAGAAAGAAAGCUUCGUCUUUUGGAUCUUCAGGCACGCGUAAGGGACGAAGUUGACCAGCAACAGCAGGAGAUAAUGGCGAUGGGUGACCGGCCAUAUCGAAAGUUUAUGCGUCAGUGUGAACGCCAGCGACUGGAGCUUGCUAGGCAAGUGCAAAUUUCGCAAAAGGUCAUAAGAGAAAAGCAACUGAAAUCUGUUUUUCAGUGGCGCAAAAAGCUUCUCGAGGCUCACUGGGCUAUACGGGAUGCACGGACUGCUCGAAAUAGGGGAGUUGCUAAGUAUCACGAAAGAAUGUUAAAGGAAUUCUCAAAGAGAAAAGAUUGGGAUCGGAAUAAGAGAAUGGAAGCUUUGAAAAACAAUGAUGUUGAUAGAUACAGAGAGAUGUUAUUGGAACAACAGACAAACAUACCUGGGGAUGCUGCACAAAGAUAUGCUGUUCUAUCAUCAUUUUUGUCUCAGACUGAAGAUUAUCUUCAUAAGCUGGGGGGUAAAAUUACAGCUGUUAAGAAUAACCAAGAGGUGGAAGAGGCAGCACUUGCUGCUGCUGCAGCUGCCCGAUCUCAUGGUCUCUCAGAGGAAGAAGUCAAGGCAGCAGCAGCUUGUGCUGGUGAGGAAGUGAUGAUAAGGAAUAGGUUCUCUGAAAUGAAUGCUCCAAGGGACAGCUCAUCUGUUAACAAGUAUUAUAACUUGGCACAUGCUGUGAAUGAGCGGGUCAUAAGGCAGCCCUCCAUGCUGCGGGCUGGAACUCUCCGUGACUAUCAGCUUGUUGGGUUGCAGUGGAUGCUUUCUUUAUAUAACAAUAAAUUAAAUGGGAUUCUAGCUGAUGAGAUGGGUCUUGGCAAGACUGUACAGGUUAUGGCAUUGAUGGCUUAUUUGAUGGAGUUCAAGGGGAACUAUGGGCCUCAUCUUAUAAUAGUUCCUAAUGCUGUUUUGGUGAAUUGGAAGAGUGAGCUUCACAGUUGGUUGCCUUCAGUAUCUUGCAUUUAUUAUGUUGGUGGGAAAGAACAACGGAUGAAGUUGUAUACCCAGGAGGUGUGUGCAAUGAAAUUUAAUGCACUUAUCACGACUUAUGAAUUCAUAAUGCGCGACCGUUCAAAACUUUCAAAAAUUGAUUGGAAGUAUGUCAUAAUCGAUGAAGCUCAGCGUAUGAAAGAUAGAGAAUCACGCUUGGCUCGUGAUCUUGAUAGGUUCCGUUGCCAGAGGAGGCUUCUUUUAACUGGGACACCCUUACAGAAUGAUUUGCAAGAGCUGUGGUCACUACUAAACUUGCUUCUUCCAGAAGUAUUUGAUAACUGCAAAGCAUUUCACGACUGGUUUGCAAAGCCUUUCCAAAAAGAUAACCCUUCUUCACAAAAUGCAGAGGAUGAUUGGCUCGAGACUGAGAAGAAGGUGAUUAUCAUUCAUCGGCUUCAUCAAAUCUUAGAGCCUUUCAUGCUUCGGCGACGUGUUGAAGAUGUGGAAGGCUCACUUCCACCAAAGGUUUCAAUUGUUUUGAGGUGUAAAAUGUCUGCUGUUCAAGGUGCCAUAUAUGACUGGGUUAAAGCCACUGGUAGCAUCCGGCUUGAGCCUCAGGCUGAGUUAAAGAGGGUUGCUGGGAAUCCCAAUCGCCAAGUUAGGGCAUACGUGCCAUUGCAGAACAGAUGUAUGGAACUGCGCAAAGUUUGCAAUCACCCCCUGCUUAACUAUCCAUACUUGGCUGGAUAUUCAAAAGAGUAUAUUGUGAGAUCUUGUGGGAAGCUCUGGAUCCUUGAUAGGAUUCUCAUCAAGCUCCACAGAACAGGGCAUCGGGUGCUGCUUUUUAGCACUAUGACAAAGCUUCUUGAUAUCUUAGAAGAGUACCUCCAAUGGAGGGGGCUUGUUUAUAGGCGAAUCGAUGGCACGACGAGUCUCGAAGAUAGAGAGUCUGCCAUUGUGGAGUUCAAUAGCCCUGGUUCGAGGUGUUUUAUCUUUCUGCUCAGUAUUCGUGCGGCUGGUCGAGGCUUGAAUCUUCAAUCUGCAGACACUGUAGUAAUUUAUGACCCUGAUCCAAAUCCCAAAAAUGAGGAGCAAGCAGUGGCCAGAGCUCAUCGGAUAGGGCAGAAGCGGGCGGUAAAAGUUAUAUAUAUGGAAGCAGUUGCAGAUACAAUAUCAAGCUAUCAGAAAGAAGAUGAAUUGAGAAAUGGGGGAACAGUUGAUUUGGAGGAUGAGCUUGCUGGUAAAGACCGAUAUAUGGGUUCCAUUGAAAGUCUUGUCCGAAAUAAUAUUCAGCAAUACAAGAUUGAUAUGGCUGAUGAGGUCAUAAAUGCUGGCCGUUUUGAUCAAAGGACAACUCAGGAAGAACGGCGCAUGACUUUGGAGACACUAUUACAUGAUGAGGAAAGGUACCAAGAAACUGUUCAUGAUGUUCCUUCCCUGCAAGAGGUAAAUCGAAUGAUUGCAAGAAGUGAAGAAGAAGUUGAAUUGUUUGAUCAAAUGGAUGAAGAAUUGGACUGGACAGAGGAAAUGAUACGGUAUGAUGAAAUUCCUAAGUGGCUCCGAGCUGGGUCUAGAGAAGUUAAUGCUGCUGUAUCUGCUUUGUCUAAGAAGGCAUCUAAAAGUGGACUGAUUGGCCAUAUUGGGUUAUAUUCUGAGGAGGAAAAAUUAGCCGCUGCAUCUCCUAGUAAAAUUGAGAAGAAAAGGGGUCGCCCAAAGGGCUCGUCUACUAUAAAAAAGCUCUCAACGUCUCAGGAUUUGGACACUGGGAUGAGUAAUGGAGAGAUUGGGGAAGAUGUGGAAGCGAGUUCAGAUGAAAGGGCGUCUUUCAUGCAGGAAGAAGAGGGAGAAAUUGGGGACUAUGAGGAUGAGGGGUUCGACCGAUCUGGUUCUGCAAUACCUUACAAUAAGGAUCCAUCUGAGGAGGAGGGACAAAAUGAAAGUAGCAGAGGUGGUUAUGGGUUUUCCAAGUCAAUGGAUGUGACCAGGAAUGAAGAAGGUAUGGAGGAGGGUGUCUCUUCUGGAUCUUCUUCUGAAAAUCGCAGGGUAAAUGGAGUUGCAACCUCCACAUUAACUUCUCAGAAGUUUGGGUCCCUAUCCGCGUUGGAUGCUAGACCUGGUUCAGUUUCAAAAAGGAUGCAGUCAGAGGAGUUAGAGGAAGGAGAAAUUGUAGCAUCCGGUGAUUCCCAUAUGGAUCUUCAACAGUCUGGAAGUUGGAUUCAUGAACGUGAUGAUGGUGAAGAUGAGCAGGUUUUGCAGCCAAAAAUUAAAAGGAAGCGUAGUAUUCGCAUUCGUAGAUCUACUUCUGAAAAGACGGAGGAUAGGUAUAGCAAUGAAAAGGUUUCCCACCAGCAUGGAAAUUCAAAUCAAUUUGCAAAUAAAGUGUCUGUUGAUUAUGGGAUGCAACAGAGGCAAACUUUAGAACUUGAAACAUACACAGAACCAGUAUCCGGUAGGCAAGACCCCAGUGACCCAAGUUCUAGACAAAGGCGAAAUCUUCCUCCAAGACGAGGAACUGAUUCUCCAAAAUUGCAUGGCACGCCAAAACAGAGCAGAGUAAAUGAGUUGCUUGAGCAUGUGGGUGAUGGCAUAGAAUAUUCAAGAGAAAGUUCCGAUAGUAAAUCUCUACGUAUGACUGGUCCUGUCUUUGGCUCUGGACAGACAUCUGAUAAUUUAAGGAAAAAGUGCAAGCAUGUGCUCAGCAAGCUUCAAAGGGCCAUAGAUAAAGAUGGGCAUCAACUAGUACCAAUAUUAACUGAUUUUUGGAAGAGAAGCGAGAAUGCUGGAGGCGUGAGAGGCAUAAAUAUGGGUAAUAAUCCAUUGGAUUUACGAGCCAUCGAUCAGCGGGUUGAUAGAGGGGACUAUAGUAGCGGGACCGACUUAGCAGCUGACAUACAGUUAAUGUUGAAAAAUGCCACCCAUUAUUGCGGGUAUUCAGCUGAGGUUCGCUCUGAUGCCAGGAAGCUGCAAUCCCUAGCAUUCGAAUGCCUGAAGGUUGUGUUUCCUGAAACUGAUUUGCGAGAGGCGAAAACCCUAGGUUCAUUCACGGGGCCCACAUCGACCCUGUCCCCGAGAAACCCAAGCCAAAAUAACCGACCAUUCAAACCAGUCGAUGACUCUGACCAGGACCAUGUGGACCUGGUCCCCACCACUCGCCAUCAUCGUGGGUCCCACCCCUCUGAAGAUGGGCCCAAGGACCCUCGGUCCCAUCCAUCUAGGCCCAAUGAGCCAAGGGGCCCACGUGAUGAUGUGGCAUCACUGACGCAUCCGGGCGACCUUGUUAUAUGCAAGAAGAAGAGGAAAGAUAGGGAUAAGGGGGCUGUUAAGGUGCGUGGGGUGCAGGACACUUGUCAACCAUUGAUGGGGCAAGCGGUAAGGGAGAAUACCAUGUCCCAGAAUCAGAGGCAGCCACAUGGAUGGCUCCAAUUGGGUAACAAGGCUGGUGGCGGGACAAGCAGUGGUGGGGUGAAUGAGUUACAGUGGGCAAAACCUGUAAAGAGAUUGAGGACAGAUACUGGUAAAAGGAGGCCAAGCCAUAUUUGAUUUGAUGUGUAUAUAUGAUGAUAAUUUGGGCUCAAUUUUACUCUUUUUAUUUGGUGCCUUUCAAUAUCUUCAUUUUCAUUUUCUGGGCAUUUUUUAAUUUUUCUUUUGUAUGGGGUUCACAUUUCUCAGAUGUAAUUGUAGUUCAGGUAUGAUAAUGGGUUAUGGCGGUAGCUACAUGUGCAUAAAAUCUAAUGUAUUCCCAUAAGGUUCGUUUCAGUCUUGUGAGAUUUCUUCUCACUCGUAAGCAAGCAGUCUUCUUUGUGCUUUUACAGUUAUAAGAAAAGGAAGUCCUGUGAGAUUUCUUCUCACUCACAAUUUUACUGUUGUAAGAAAAGGAAAUAAAAUUCCAGUGGUAGAUCUCAUUUACA